CACACAUACAAUGAGGGCAUUCCAAAUCUGCAUUUUGGUACUCGCCAUUGUCUGCAGCAUCUCCUGUGGAGAUGUAAAGAAAGACAAAAGAGGCGUUUUAGGACUGGGAUAUGGAUCAGGUUUGGGCCACCUUGGCACAGGGGGCUUGGCAAUUUCCUCAGGAUACGGUUUAGGCGGUGGCUCCUUGGGCCUUAGCAGCGGGGCUAUCGGACUAGGAAGCGGCGCUAUCGGGCUUAGUAGCGGCGCUAUCGGAUUAAGCAGCGGCGGCAUCGGAAUUGGAGGUCCUGUCAUCGGCAUUGGUGGCGGCGGAAUUGGCCUUGGCGGCGGAGCCAUAGGCUUAGGAGGCCUAGGACUCGUCGGCGGCGGCACCAACACCGUCACCACAAUCAACCGAGCAAUUCCUGUGCCGGUACCACAGCCCGUCCCAGUGACCGUCAACCGCCCCGUCCCAGUUCCAGUGCCCCAACCCGUCGCUGUUCCAGUGCCACGCCCAGUGCCCGUUCCCGUGCCCAGACCAGUACCAGUCACUGUCACUCGCCCCGUUCCUUAUGAAGUACCGCGCCCAGUUCCCGUACCUCAGCCCGUUCCAGUACCCGUUUCUGUGCCACACCCUGUGCCUGUUGCAGUACCACAGCCUGUCCCUGUGACGAUUCCUCAACCAGUUCCUGUUAGAGUACCAACACCUGUGGCCGUUCCAGUUGCCCAACCCGUCGCUGUCAGCUCCGGCAUCGGCAUCGGAGGUGCUGGCAUCGGACUCGGCUCCGGAAUCGGAAUCGGCUCCGGAAUCGGAAUCGGCUCCGGCAUCGGAAUUGGCUCCGGUAUCGGAGUCAGCUCUGAUAUUGGGCUUGGUUCCGGUAUUGGAUACGGUUCCGGUAUUGGGUACGGUUCCGGUAUUGCCGGUUCUUCCAUUGCUUUAGGUUCCGGAUUGGGACAUGGAGUUGGUUUGGGCUCUGGAGCUGUUUUAAGCGGAGGCCACGGCGUUGCCAUCGGAAAGGGAUGGUAACUCAUUGUCUGUGAACACUAUUGAUCUAAGUCUCAUGUGUAAAAUUUAGUGUAAAUACGUAAAUAUAAAUUUAUUUUUUA